AUGGCACCACAAACCAGGAAUGGCAGGAAAAAAGUUGUCAAAGUUAUUCCCGGAACAACUAUCGAGCUGAAAAAAAAUUGCGGUUUUAAAUGGAUAUUUAAAAACGAAAGGAAUCGGUAUGGACGAAUUGGAAAUGACAUUAUUAAAGAUACCAUUCUGAAAAUAGAUGGGAUGACAACUGGAAAUAAAGACAGUGACCGGAUUCUGAAUUAUUACAGAAAUGCUCUUUCUGAUUGUAUUAACAUUUUUCCGGAAUCUCAUGAAACUCCUGCAGCAAAAACACGAAAAAUCAAGAAAGAGUUAGUUGUGAAAGAAGAAGUUGAAGCAGAAAAAGAGGAGGAGACGAUGACAAUCUCUGAGACUUCAUACACUUCAGAAGCGUUGGCUGUUAGAAGUGAAACAUUGACGUCUUCUGAUGAUGAGUGUGAUGAGACGGCGAUAUCGCAACAAUUAGAGGAAAUGUCGAUAACUGAGGAGAUGGAAUUGAAUAUUCCUCUUCAUACGAGUACUCCAUUGAGAGAGAAUUCUAUAAUUUCGGUGAUUAAACAAGAGGAAAUUCAAGUUUUUGGAGUUGUGGAGAAGGCUGAGACGACUCAAAUUGAUGGUUCUGAAGUGAGAAUUCUCAAAAGUUCAAAUAAAAAGACAUUCAUCUCACAACGGAAAGAUUGGAUUUCAAAGCGGGAAGUGAAACCAACGUUAGGACUAGAAAAUCAGUCGGAAAGUACUAUCAACUUGGAAACACCAACACACUCUGGAUACCGUCGGAAUCUGUUUGCUACAAAAUCUGAAAGUAUUGUCUCUACCAUCCCGAAACCAGAGCCUUCCAUUCUUCGAAAUCCAAAACCAGAGAAUAUUGAAAAGAAGAAUCAUCUCUCGUUCCUUCGGUCGAAAGUUCUGAAUACAAAACUUGAAAAAGGUCGUGAAAUAAUGAAACAGAAAGCAGCAGUUAUCGAGAGAAAACCUGUUCAAAUUGAGAAAAAAUCGAGUAGCUACAAGUCGCCAGCUCGAAAUAUUCCAAUUCUGAAAAGAACAGAAAUGAUGAGUUCUCAUCAUAGACCAUUGAAGAAGACUCGAGUUCAGACGUUCCCGGAGAAAGAGAAAAAGGCGCCUCUGCUCAAAACUCCGGUUCCAGUUCUCUCGAUCCCGGACACCACUCUUCAAACUAAUACACUCAAAAAGACUGAUACAUCGUACCAGAAUAAAACUCUUCUUGAUUAUGGGCUCGACUAUUUGAGCAAUGAAGAAGAUACAGAUGAUGAAUGUAAUCCGAAAAAUAAGAUUCCAAGCUGGGCAGCUAAUUUUGAUGUGAUCGCAGAUAAUGUUCGCAAACAAUUCGAAAACCCUCCAUUUGAUAUCGUUGAGUUUUUUGGAGAGAUUGAAAAGCCCAACCUGUUGGAAAUUUUUGGCACCAAAACUCGUGGCAAAAAGCGUGGAUCAUCAACAUGCUGGUGA